ACUGUAGUUUUACACAGUCACGCUUUUAUAUAUAGAAGAAUUAAGCACAGCUUGCACUACUGCAAAAGUGUCCCAAGUUUCAUCAUCAAUGGCAGAAGCUACAAAGAAGUAUGCAGUUGUUACAGGGGCCAAUAAGGGGAUUGGCUUCGAAAUAUGCAGGAAGUUGGCCUCAAAUGGGAUCGUGGUGGUGCUAACUGCUAGAGAUGAGAAAAAAGGCCUUGAAGCAGUUGAAAAGCUGAGAGAGUUUGGGCUAUCUGACCACGUUAUAUAUCAUCAGCUUGAUGUGGCGGAUCCUGCUAGUAUAGCUUCCUUUGCAGAUUUCAUUAAAACCAAAUAUGGGAAGCUCGAUAUAUUGGUCAACAACGCUGGGAUCUAUGGAACUAUAUUAGAUGGAGAUGCUUUAGCCACUUCAGGUCUUGGUAAGGAAGGUGCCAAUGUGGAUUGGAGUAAAAUAGUGACCGACACUUACGAGUUAGCUGAAGAGUGCCUGAAAACAAACUACUAUGGCGCCAAAGGAAUGAUUGAAGCACUUCUUCCAAUCCUCCAGUUGUCCAAUUCACCAAGGAUUGUUAAUGUUUCCUCUUCCUUUGGGCACUUAAAGGAAAUACCAAGUGAAUGGGCUAAAGAAGUGUUAGGUAAUGCUGAAAGCCUAACAAAAGAAAGAGUAGAUGAGGUAUUGAAUGAAUAUCUAAAAGAUUUUAAAGAGGGUUCCUUGGAAACCAAAGGCUGGCCAAGAUAUUCGUCUGCCUAUGUGCUUUCAAAAGCAACUCUCAAUGCCUACACAAGGAUUGUGGCUAAAAAGUUCCCGUCUUUCCGAGUCAAUUGCAUCUGCCCUGGCUAUGUCAAGUCAGAUUUUAACCACAACACUGGCUACUUGACAACUGAUGAAGGUGCUGAAAGUGUUGUAAAGUUAGCGCUCCUGCCCAACGAUGGUCCUUCUGGCCUCUUCUUUUCUCGGAAUGAAGUGACAACUUUUGAUUGAGAUUAUUCAUUUCUACCGCUUCUCAAAGAUAUAAAUACUAAUAAGUUUGUACUUUUCCUGGAAUUAUUUACUUUUUGUAUUUUGAAUCUCAAUUUGAUCGGCUAUUUGAAAACCAA